AUGUUACGAUCCAUUUAAUAAGGAUUCUCAAAUUUGGCUAAAGCCAAUCCUCUGAAAAAUGGAUUCAGAUUUGAGAAUUAAAAUCUCACUUGGACAUUUGGAGAAUUUGAUACCCAUUCAAGUGCCUUUGCAUAUGGAUUAAUAGAGCAAGGCUGGAAACAAGGGGAUAAAUUAUUAUUCUUAUUGGGAAGAUCGAACACUAGUGAAGCAGCUGCUGCUUUUGUGGGAGCUGCAAAAGCUGGAGUUACUGUAAUACCAUUCAGAUCUAAUGAUCAAAAUGAAAUUGAAAAUACAAUUGGAGUUGUCAAUCCUAAAGGGAUUGUUUUUUCUCCAAAUCAAUUGAUAGGCGAAACUAAAUUUAUUGAAGUACUUAAUAAUCUAGUGCCAGAGACUUCAUAGACUUAAUCUGGUUAGAUUCUAAAAAGUAGUAAAUUUAGCAAUCUUAAAUGGUUAAUUCAUACUGGAUUCUAUUCUUACCCAGGCACUUAUAAAUUCAGAGAAUCUCUAGUUUAUGCCUCAAGAAAUUUUAAUAGGCUUUCACUUCCAUCAAGCACAGGUCCAAUUACAGCUGUGAUCAAGAAUGGACAAUUAUAGAGUUAUUCCUAUUAAGACUUGGUGAAAUUGAGUGAAAAGGUAUCUGGAUCACAACAUGUUAUCAUAUCAGGUGAUCCUUAAACUGUUACAAACUUCUCUAUUGUUGUUGGAGGAUUGGAGAGAGGAUAUAAUACAGUAUUUACAGGUGGUGAUAAUCUUAAUAAAGUAUAAAAGAUCCUCUAAUAUUAUGGAAAUUACAGUCUUGUUGUUGAUGAUUCGGUGUUAGGAGAACAUUAAAAAUUAGAUGUCAACAAUCUAUAAAAUUUGUUCACUACAGGUGAUGUCAACAAGGCUUAAAAUAUAUUCCAAAAAUAAGCAGUUUAAUUAUGAAAUCAUAAAGUCAUUAAAUAUAAUUAUUAUUAACAAAAUAA